GUACCUCUAAUUUGUUUCGGAUAUGCUAAUAACACCUUUGUAUUGUAAGGUACUCCUAGGACUUAUAAAUCACUGACUAACCUUUUCUCAACCAAGCCUCUGCUUUGUAUAAUCACAUCUGUGCAAGAGAAAUCCCAAAAAGAGAACGCUAAGAUAUUUAAGACAGCGUUGGAACAAAGGGUUUUAGCAGUGGGUCACUGACGUGUAAAACAGUGUGUGACCACCAAGAACCAGUUGUCGCAGAGGCAGCUUUUGGAGUAGAUGAGCUGUAGCUCAAGUGAUGUUCGGGUGCGGUAGAGGUGGGAGGUGAUGCAUGGUGGGGUACAGGUCUGAGCACCUCCUCACAACUGAGCUCAGGGAAUACAUACGGUGCCUGGAGGUCCGUGACUCCCUGAGCAUCCUGUGUGCAGGGGACAGCACCGGCAGGGUGUCGGGGUGGGGGCCCCCCAGGGCGGUAGCAGUACGAGAGUUCUCUCAGUGGGGGUCUGCCUGCCGGGCUGUCUCCUCGACGGCGCUCAGACGGUGCAGGGAGGCUCGGGGGGACCCAAGCCCCCGCCAGGGCAGCCCGGGCCGCGCUCCCGUGCCGGGCAUCGGCGGUUCGCGCCGCACCGGCGGUUGCCACGCCAGCCCCGUCCCCCUCCCGCAGCCAAUGGGUGGGCGGGACGCGGCGGCGCGAACCGCCCAACGUGUCCGCCGCCGCCCCUAUAUAAGGCGGCCAUUUCAUCCGCCGGCGCAGCGCCGCCUCUCGCCUCGCUUCACCUCGCCUCCCGCCGCCUCUCGCCUCGCUUCACCUCGGCUCCCACCGCCUCUCGCCAUGACCGAUGCGGCCCUGUCCUUCGCCAAGGAUUUCCUCACCGGCGGGGUGGCGGCCGCCAUCUCCAAGACCGCCGUCGCCCCUAUCGAGAGGGUGAAGCUGCUGCUGCAGGUGCAGCACGCCAGCAAGCAGCUCUCGGCCGACAAGCACUACAAGGGCAUCAUCGACUGUGUGGUGCGCAUCCCCCGGGAGCAGGGCAUCCUCUCCUUCUGGCGCGGCAACCUGGCCAAUGUGAUCCGGUACUUCCCCACCCAGGCCCUCAACUUUGCCUUCAAGGAUAAGUACAAGGAGAUCUUCCUGGGCGGUGUGGACAAGCGAACCCAGUUCUGGCGGUACUUCGCUGGUAACCUGGCUUCCGGGGGUGCUGCCGGCGCUACCUCCCUCUGCUUCGUCUACCCGCUUGACUUCGCCCGAACCCGCCUGGGAGCAGAUGUGGGCAAAGCCAAGGCUGACCGGGAGUUCAGUGGGCUCGGCGACUGCCUCGUCAAAGUCUUCCGGUCAGAUGGCCUCAGGGGCCUGUACCAGGGCUUCAAUGUCUCUGUCCAGGGUAUCAUCAUCUACAGAGCUGCCUACUUUGGCAUCUACGACACUGUGAAGGGCAUGCUCCCAGACCCAAAGAACACCCACAUCAUUGUCAACUGGAUGAUCGCUCAGACCGUCACCGCUGUCGCUGGUUUCACAUCAUACCCUUUUGAUACUGUCCGUCGUCGCAUGAUGAUGCAGUCUGGCCGGAAAGGAGCUGACAUAAUGUACACAGGCACCCUUGACUGCUGGCGGAAGAUUGCCCGGGACGAGGGCUCCAAGGCAUUUUUCAAAGGUGCAUGGUCAAAUGUACUUCGAGGAAUGGGUGGUGCUUUUGUCUUAGUCCUAUAUGAUGAAAUCAAGAAGUACACAUAAGUUGCUUUCUGUUAUGAACUGGCAUGUUGUUACAUGUAGUCCACCACUGUUCACGGACUUGUUUGAAAACCAUCUAGUUACUAAACAGUGAUGGCUGAUGUUUUUACAGGUUGGCAUGGGGCAGGAGCAACUGCCUGCCCUGUCUUUAUCAAAUUAUUCUCCCUGAUGGGACUCACCAUGGUUUCUAUUUCAGUCACUCCUGCUUAAAGAGUACAAAGAAAUAAAACUCUGAAACCAA